GAGGACCCGGGGCAGAAGUUCUCCAGGAGAGUGAACUACAGUCCCCCGUCCAGCUCCCCGUACAGCAGAGACAGCAGACGAGGGGAUGACCGUAAAAGGGACGACCGUACCAGGAAGCGAAACGAUUACGACCGCAACCCCCCGAGACGGGACUCGUACCGGGACCGUUACAACCGUAGGCGGGGUCGUAGCUACAGCCGCAGCCGCAGCAGGAGCAAGGACCGGGCCAGGGACCGGGACCGGGACAGAGACCGGAGCAGCAGGAGUCACAGCAGGAGUCACUCCAGGAGCAGAGAGCGGGAUGCUGGGAAGUCAAAGUAUGAGGCCGACCGAGGAGACCGGGGGAAGGAGGUUGGAGCUGGUGACGGCCUCCUGCCGAUCCCCACGGCAACCACCACGUUCCCCGUGCCGACGCUCAGCAGCACCAUCACGGUGAUCGCCCCUCAAGGUAACCACAGCAACACCUCUGUGACGGACAGCUGGUCGGACUUCCACACGGAACACUCACUAGACCGGCCCCCUCCGCCACCGCCCUUCAACCGGGGUCCGCCCCCUCAGCAAAGGAAACGUUGCCGUGACUACGACGAGAAGGGCUUCUGUAUGCGUGGGGACAUUUGCCCGUUCGACCACGGUAUUGAUCCAGUGGUGGUGGAGGACGUUAAUCUGCCCAACAUGUUCCAAGCCCCUCCCCUGUCCCGGGGUCGCCCAGCCCCCCAAGCUACCGCCCCCCAGGACCUCCCCUCUCAUGACCCCAGCGCCCGUCAACCUCCGCCCCCUGUGCCCCUGCCAGGCAGCCUGCCGCCAGGCCCCCUCCAGGCAUCAGGGAUGGAUGCUCCUCCUAACUCCGUUCCCACUAUCGCAACCACAGGGAUACGAUCCUCCAUCCCCAGGUCCCACCGCCCUCUUCUCACCAGCUCCCCCCCAGACCAAUAUGAUUCUGACAUGUAUAACCCUGAAGCUCCCAGCCUCACCAACACAUCCAGACCUGUGUACCGCCACAGGGUCAACGCCCAAAGACCCAACCUCAUAGGACUGACUAUGGGGGAGGACCUGCCUCACAGAGACCGAGAUAAGAUGCCCAACAGCAACAGAAUGAGGAUCGUUCUGGAGUCCGACUCUAGGAAGAGAUCAGCUGUCUCAAACGACAGAGGGAUGCCCCCCAUGAAACCCUGGUCCGACAAACCUAACUUCAACCCGCAGAACCUCCAGGGUGGGUUCCACACCAAGAACCCUCCCCACCAGAACCUGAGGGCUGCGUUUGGGUCCAACACCAAGCUGACGGUCCGACAGAUCCCACCGGAACUCAACAACAUCUCCAAGCUUAACCAACACUUCAGCAAGUUCGGGACCAUCGUCAACUUACAGGUGACCUAUGGUAGUGACCCGGAGGGUGCCCUGAUCCAGUUUGGCUGUCACGAGGAGGCUAAACGGGCCAUGCAGAGUCCCGAGGCCGUUCUCAACAACCGCUUUAUUAGGGUCCACUGGCACCGUGAGGACGGGACGGGACCACAACAGGGGACGGGACCGCAACAGGGGACGGGACCGCAACAGGGGACGGGACCGCAACAGGGGACGGGACCACAACAGGGGACGGGACCGCAACAGGGGACGGGACCACCACAGGGGACGGGACCACAGGGGCAGCAACACCAUCAACCACACUCACUCAUGCAGGUGCAGCAGUCAGCCACUAGUCUGAAACAGUCAGUCAAAGACCGCCUGGGCCCUCUGCCUUCUGACAGCUCAGAGCCCAACCAAGACUCUAGUGUUGCCUCUCAGAAUGCCUUCAAAUCUAACCUAUCGGUGAAGGAGAGGCUGGGCUUCCCCUCUAAACCAGGAAGUAACCCUAGUGGACCGGCAGGAAAGGUGUUCUCCACCUCUACGGGGCUGACUAAGACAGUUUACAACAUGGCUGCUCUGAAAGCAGCUCAGAAGACUGCUCUGUUUGCUGGGGUCACUGCCACAGAGGAGGCUAUGAAGAACAAACAGGAAGCCCUGCGGCUCCAACAGGAAAUGAGGAAAAAGAAGCAGGAAACUGAGAAGCACAUCGAGACUCAGAAGCUGUUGAUCUGUAAGCUGGAGAAGAACAAGGCCAUGAAGCCAGAGGACAAGGCAGUGAUUAUGACAACGCUGGGGACCCUCACCAAGAGUAUUACCAAACUACAGCAGGAGAUCAAAGGGAUCUCUAACCCUUCAGCACUACGGCCACCCAAGAGCAAGACUCAGGCUCAGAAGGAGUUGCUGGACACAGAACUGGACCUAUAUAAGAAGAUCCAGUCAGGAGAAGAUGCUGUUCAACUGAAGAUCAGAUACACACAACUACAGUUAGAGGCAGCUAAGAGGGGGAUCCUGGCUCCAGGGCGGGGCAGAGGUGCCCAUGCUAGAGGCCGUGGGUCCCUGAGGAGCAGGGGUAGGGGUAGGGGGUGCCGGGGUAGGGGUCUCCCUGCCCACUCCACGGUAGACCACAGACCCAGAGCCCUGGAGAUCUCUGGCUUUACAGACGCUGACCUCCAGGACCUGCUGCCACACUUCGCUCAAUUUGGAGAGUUGGAGGACUGUCAGAUAGACGAUACUUCCUUUCUGGCUGUUAUCACCUACAGGAGCAGACCAGAGGCUGAACAGGCGGCGGUGCACGGUGUUCGUCUGAACAGCAGCGAAGUUGCGCUCUGUCCUGGCACAAGCCUGCCGUCUCCCCUGACCUCCCAGGAGCCUGACGAGCAGGAGGCAGAUCGUGACGAGUUCCAGGAAGAGUCGCUGAUUGAUGAUGCGUUGCUACAGGCGCAGCGAUGA